AAUGUUCAAUGGUAUUUGCAUGGUUACAUACACUUUUUUCAUUCAUCUUUUUAUUGAAGAAUGUCUUUAUUUUAUGGAGUAUUAUCAUAUGAAUAUUAUUGACACUAUUCAAGAUGUUUUUAAUUAGAGUGAUUUGACCUCAGACCAGACUACGUGUAAAAAUACUAGACCAAUUUUUAUGGUUGUAUAACACAUACUACCUUUGUCCUUUUUAUAUUGGAUUAUUGGGACGGAAGAGGGUGACACGUGUUUUAAGAAAAGUGAGUUUGUGUGGUUGAUAUUAAUUGAUAAAGUAAGAAUAAAGUAAGAAUGAUUUUGAGCCACAUAAACUUUACCAAAUAAUAUAUGGGACAAUUAAAUAGGGACAUCCCAAUAUGGUAAAACAUGACAUUUAAAAGGGGACGGAGGGAGUAUAAUACACAUGUAACUGAUCAGAUCAGUUUAGACCAUACUAAACUAGACUAAACUUAAACAUACCAAAACCCGGUCAAUCUAACUAAACCAGAAAAUUUUAAUUCAAUUAAAAACAUCGUUAUUGGUAGUAUAUUUAUGAAUUUAUCCCUCUAAUAAAUGAGUUUUUGUCCUACUAAUAUGUAUACUUCAAAUUUCAAUUAUGUCUUCUUAUAAAUUAAGGCCAUAUAUGCUAUAUUGAUGAUUGGACAUGUGAAUGACAUCUAAAAAUGUUUUUGAUUGGACUGAUUUCAAUCUAGAUAGAUUUAAACAAGUCAUACCAAACUAGCAACUAGACUUAAAGAAUAGUACUAUCUCACCCCCUAAGUUUGAGACAAAGGGGUGUGGUGUGAUUUUUAAGAAAAAGUAGAAUUGUGUGAUUGAUAUUGAAUUGAUAAAGUGUGAAUAAAGUAAGAAUGCAUUCUAACAACCCAAAUAUUACCAAAUAUGAUAUGAGACCAACUUAGUGGGACGGACGGAAAAGGUAAAACAGGACAAACUUAGGGGGACAAAGAGAGUAAAAUAAAGGUAAUGGAAAUAACAUGACUUUUUAUACUUUAGUGACUUAAAUUUGAUCUAAUUUAGUGAUACUGACAAUGUUGAAAUUUACAUUGUAGUGACUAUAGUGAUAUACUUGAGUGACUUAAGUCACAUUUUAUCCAUAGUAAUAUUUAAUGAAAAAUCUGUUAAAUCCUAUCCUAUCCUAUCAUAUCCUAUCCUAUCCUAUCCUAUCCUAUCCUAUAUACCUAAAGGGAGAAUCCAUCUCCCUAAAACUUGCCGCUUCUCUCUCCUGAUUAUAAAUCAUAUGAUUACAAUUAGGAUGUUUUUACUUGGACUGUAAUUUGCCCCAGACCAGACCAGACCAGACCAGUUCAGACCAGACCAGAUCAGUUCAGACCAGACCAGACCAGACUUGGAUAGUUAUAAAAAUACAAAGAAACCAGACUUUACCAGACCAGACCAGACCAGUUCAGACCAGACCAGAUCAGACCAAACCAGACCAGACCAGCAAAUUACAGUCCAAGUAAAAACAUCCUUAAUGGUAUUAAGUUUCUUUUCAGUUUAUAAUGAUAAACCAUAUAAUGAUAAUUAAUGGUAUUAAGUCUCUAAUAAUAAUAAUAAUAAUUAAUGAUAUUAAGUUUCUUUUCAGUUUAAUUGUAUUCAAUUUCUUUUUCAAUUUCAUCAUAUUCCUUAUAUUCAAUUAUAUAUACACAUUUAAUUGGUUCUCCACUCAUGUUCUUUUUUUCUCAAUCCUUUAAAUUACACUUUUUCUUUCCCUCAUUUUCUUCUUCCUUCUUGUGAAAAUGGUUCACUACUGGAGCCAAAUCGAUAAUUUCCCUCCCUUACAUCUAUCUUAUCAGAAAAUAUGGGUCAUUAACGGAGCUCAAAUGGGUCAACAUUGUUUUCAAAGUAUUUUCUGUAAUAUUCAUUUCUUUUUUCUAUUUGGAACUCGCUGAAUUUAUUCCGAACAAGUACACCUAAGUAUUCAUUUUAUGCCUUCGCUAAUUUUAAUUUAUUGAAUGAUUUAUAGGUUUUAUACGAUCAAUAUUUUUUGCCUCUCUAAAUGCAUUUAAACAAUCAAUACUCUUCACGAUUGUUUUGUGAAAGGAGUAAAUACUAUCUCAAAUUUAUACUGCAUGAGCCUAAGGUUUAAUGUCCUAUUUGUCUAUAGUAAUUAUCAUCCAUCAAGCUCCUUUCACAUCUAAUACUAUGAAAUCUAUUAGGAGAUGUGUAUCUCAAUUUCUUGGAACAUGUAAAUGCACCUCAUUAUGUUACCCGGUCCUUUAUUUACCUAUAGUCACUUAUAUGUGGUAGUAUCAAGGGGUGAAAUCAACCAAAUAACAAUUUUAUGUUUAAAAAUUGUAUCAAACCCUCACUAUUAUAAUUAUUCAUUCGCAAAAAUUCCCCCAAAAAUAAAUUUAAAAAUUUGGAAAUAAUUUAUCUUAAUAUUAUGAUUGAAUAUGCAAGUGAGUUUAUGAAGAACUCUAAAUUGUCCAAAAUUACUAAUGAAUACUAAUUAAUUUUCUUUUCUUUGACAACUAAAUUUGUUAAUUAUGGACUUUGCGCAAGAAUACCCAAUGUACCGAAUGUAUAUAUCACGGGAAUUUGAUGCAUUAAACCACUUUUAACACUUCAUUGAAUUCCACAAUAGUGAAAAAAUAUAUUGAGUUAUACUCAUGUUUUAUUAUAAUAAUUGAAAUUUUUCAUAACAUAGUAAUACACGUACAUAUAUGUCAAUGCGAUAAUUUUAUGAGUUGUCUCGAGACUUUAGUUUGGCUCUCAAAGUACAUGGUAAAAUGUACUAUCUCCGUUCCACUAACACUUGGAUAUGAAGAUGUGGCGGAGUUAUUAAAAAAAAGAGUUUUUGUGAUUGAUACUUAAUUGAUAAAGUAAAAAUGAUUUAGAAUCACAUAAACUUUUCUAAAAUUGUAAUGAGACAAUUUUAGAGGGAAAGAUAAAAAGGAAAGACUAAACAAUCUUUGCAAGACGGAGAAACUCAUAUCGAAUUAUUUAUCGUACAGGUGUUAUUAUCUUUUACAAAUAGUGAUUCUAAAUUUAAUUUAGAGCAAUUAUAUAAAUAUUAAAUUAAAAAUUAAGAAAUUACAAUCCCGUGCAACGCACGGGUGAAAAACUAAUAGUAAACAUCUAAUAAAAAUACAACAACAACAUCCAAACCUUAGGGGGGGGGUGUAUUGAAUAUGGAUUGUUGUAGACUUUUUUUAAUCCAUGGACUUUUAAAAAAGUCAACGGACUUUUAAAUCCAGACUUUUUAUGAAAGAAUUCUAUGGACUUUUAAAUCCACAGAUAAGUUUAUUGACUUUCAAAAAGUCCAUAGACUUUUUACAUGCGGACCGCCACGGCUGGUCGUCUUAAUUUUCACCUAGAUUGCCGCUACCGAUAUGCCUGUCCGCCUCCAUCACCGGAGUUCCCCGCUGUCGUCACCGGACUGACCCGCUACCAACAAAAUGGCUUUGGUGAUGAAAGGGAACUAGAGACAAUUAAUUAUAUAAAUUAAUUAAACUAGGGGUGAAUAUGUAAUAUUUAUUCCUAUUUAAGGAAAAUCAAACAUAUAAUCAUACUUUAAGAAUAAUGUUAUGUUUUAGGAAACUGUGUUUUAUAUUAGGUUUUCUCCCAAAAAAUGGUGGUCUUCUCUCUAGCGCAUAGCGCCGCUAGAGGCUUUCUACGAUUUCGUCAAGGAAGGAGAUCGAAAGGCAGAUUCGGGCUUGACAAGUGAAGGUUGGAGGGCGGUUCGAGGCGGGCUGCAAGUAUCACCGAGGAGAGGCAGGUUUCGUGUGGUCUAGGGCGGCGGGUUUUCCGAUCGAGAAGGCAAGAGUAGGAAUCGAUUUGCAAAAGGGAUUUUAGCCAAUGGAGUAUAUUGUUCACAACUACAAGAACAUGUCGAUUGGCGAAAAAGACAACGAAGUCAACUUCGAUGAUGAUGAAUCAGAGGAGCUGGAGGCGGAUGAUGAACCAACAGUGUUUCCGGUGGUGGGGGUGGGGGUUACAAAUCGAAAAAUAAAACUCCCGGGUUUCCAAGAUCUGUUGGCUUCAAUAUGGCGUCCAGGAAGAGGUAUGGCUAUCAAAGAAAUUGGGGAUAAAAGGUACCUAUUUAAUUUUAAUCAUGUUCUUGAUAUGAAUCGUGUUCGAUCUUGAGAAUGACCCUUGGAUAUUUGAAAGAGAUUUAGUUCUGCUGAAAGCUGUUCAGCCGAAUGAUAUACACAAAAGUAUAAAUUUGUUUGAGGCUGAUCUUUGGGUACAGGUUCACAAUGUUCCCUAUAUGUUUAGAAAUUUGGGUUCUGCCAGGAGAAUUGGGAACUUUCUAAGUACCUUCAUUAGGCUUGAUAAGAAUCAGUUUGAAGGCAACCGGAAAUCAUACCUGUGUAUAAGGGUCUGUAUGGAUGUGCGAAAAUCACUUAAAAAGGGUACUACUUUAACAAAGGAAAGAGUGGGACAUUGGGUAGAUUUUAAGUAUGAGAAAUUACCCAAUUUCUGCUUCUUGUGUGGGGUAAUCGGACACUCAGAUAAAUUUUGCCCUUUAAAGUAUGAAGAGGGAAUUGUGUUGGAGAAAUCCUUUGGGGUGGAGCUCAGGGCAGGUGGAGGGGGGGGGGGGGGGGUGAAGACCAGCCCUACAAGGGCGAAAAGGUGGUUUGUGGACGAGUCCUCAAGCUCCAAUGGUUUUGGACAUCAGCGGAAGACUGAUCUCGGGGGAGAGUACUCGGCAGAAACAGGUGCAAGUGCAUCUCACCAGGGAAGCAAGGAAGGUAAGGAGGAGGUGUCGGGCCAAACAAAAUGCAGAAGAAUUUGGGAUGGUCAGUCUAAAGGAGAGGCUACUGGAGAGGAUAUGGCACAUGAUAGACAAAAAAAUGGGAAGGCGGCGAGCCAGUCUUCCUAAACCCACCGGUAAUGCAGAUGACGACUAGGCUCUGGAAGACGAAGAUUGGUAUUUUCCUUCUUGUUUGCUUUUAUUUUUCAUUCAAUGGUCAGACUGUUCUAGUUUACGGUUAUUUUUUCCUUUACUUUAAACUCUUGCAUUAGGUUUGGGGGAUAAGAGGUUUUCGGUAAUCGUCAUUGGCUUUAAAUUGCCCGAGUUAGGUCUAGCGAGUUAUAUUGCUCUGUCAAAGGUGAUUAACUCGGAGUCUCGACCAAGAGCGAAUGGUUAGGGCUGAAUUCUUUUAUAUCAAUUUAAGCCCUCUUCGAUAAAAAAAAAUACUACGUAAUGUUAUGUUUUAGUCCUACCGUGAGUGAUUUCAUUUGUACAAUACGGAGUACGAUAAGAGACAAAUAAAUAAAUAAAUAAAUAAAUAAAUAAAUAAAUAAAUAAAUAAAUAAAUAAAUAAAUAAAUAAAUAAAUAAAUAAAUAAAUAAAUAAAUGAAACAAAUAUAAUUCAUAUAGCAACACAAAGUUCUACAAGAAUAAAUGAAGUAUAAGAAAUCAAAUUUAUUUUUAUUAAAAAAACUCAAAGUUUCAAAAAUGCUCAACAAUUUUGGCCAUUUUAUUAAUGAUUAAGAACAUUAAAUGUUAUACAAGUGUUACACUCAUUGCUACAUGUGGUACAAUCAUAUAUGCAAUUGAGCUUUUCUACUUAAUGAUUGUUUUCUUUUAAUUUCUAGGGAAAAUGGAAACUAAUAAUCCAACCUUUUAGCGAUCUUCUUACAAUAGUCCCACCUUUUGAUUAUUCAUGAAUAAUCCAACCUUUGCACCUCAUCUUCAUUCACUGGUCCCUGACCGGUUGAUGACCUACUAUUCCAAGUUAUUUUCUUAUCUUUGCAAACCAUUAUACCAUAAAUCUCACCUUUCACAAAGAUAAGAAAAUAACUUGGAAUAGUAGGUCAUCAACCGGUCAGGGACCAUUGAAUGAAGAUGAGGUGCAAAGGUUGGAUUAUUCAUGAAUAAUCAAAAGGUGGGACUAUUGUAAGAAGACCGCUAAAAGGUUGGAUUAUUAGUUUCCAUUUUCCCUAAUUUCUAUCUUGUAAAAACUUGUUCAAUCUUUGUCAAAUUCGGAGAACAAAUUAAAAUAGUAUAACAUUUUAUAAAAAAUAAUUGUUGACACAUUUUUUUAUUUGGGAGAUUCUUGACACAUUUAUAAAAAAUGUUAUUUGCACUUCAAUUUAAAUUGGAUCAAUUUUGAGAGUCAUCACACAAAAUUAUUAAAAGUGACAGCUAAAUGGGUUUG